UAUGCUAAUGACUCAAUUGAGUUGUUGAGGCAGAGUGGCAUUGAUUUCAAGAAGAAUAUUGAAAAGGGUAUUGAUGCUACGAGAUUUGGUGAGCUUUUAAUGUCUUCAGGAAUUGUGCUAAAUGAUAAUGUGUAUUGGGUUACAUUUCAUAGUGGUUAUGAUUUUGGUUACUUAUUGAAAAUCUUGACUUGUCAGGAUUUGCCUGAUACUCAAACAGGUUUCUUUAACUUAAUCAACAUGUAUUUUCCUGUGGUUUUCGAUAUUAAGCAUUUGAUGAAGUUCUGUAAUAGUCUUCAUGGUGGAUUGAACAAGCUUGCUGAGUUGUUGGAGGUUGAGAGAGUUGGAGUUUGCCAUCAGGCCGGUUCGGAUAGCUUGCUUACAGCUUGUACUUUUAGGAAGUUGAAAGAGAACUUCUUUAGUGGAUCAAUGGAAAAGUAUGCCGGUGUCUUGUAUGGUCUAGGUGUUGUUGAGAAUGGACAGAAUGUCCAUUGAUGAAGCAAGAAAAAAUGGGGAAAAAAAAAUGAAAAAAAAAACAGAAAAAGAAAAGAUAGAUGUUUAGUGUAUUUGUGUGUGCUUAUGAUGCCACACUACUCUGUAAACUUUUAAUGAGAAAGUUUGCUCUUCAUUUAUGAUAUCACCCUUCUUUUGGCUCAA